AUGAGCGCCAAGAGCCCCGAAGUCGUGGACAGUAUGAUCGACGAGAGUCUGCUAGGUAUCCUCGUCAUCCUGCUCGUACUCUCUCUCAGUACAGGCUACGUGUACCUGCAGCAGCUGCGUCAAGGGGGCGUCCAGCCGCCGCCACAGCGUCGCGGCCCUAAUACCAACGUGACGCUCUCUAGUCGAACGUCGUCAACGGCUGCAGCGCAAGCGUCGGCGCCAGAGCGCGCGCUGUUGUCCAGUAAGGAGUUUACAGACCGACAGCGGCGUCUUCACUUGCAGCUGCCCAUGCGCAACGGAACGCGCACAGUCACGAUCAGUACUGAAGCGCUUUUCCAGACGGACAAGUCGAAAGCUCUGAGCUGGACGAGCGAUGACGUGCCAGCGCUGCUGGCGGACCUUUCGCACGUGUCCGACGUGUACGUGCUAUGCAAAGUCGAGGAGGAGAAGGAUACGCAGCAUAUGCUGCGUGUUCGUGAGUUUUUGACGACACAUGGGGCCUUACAGAGCACGGACACGGGUGGAGGUGGCGUUCAAGCGCACAAGAUCCUCUUUUGCACCACAAGUACUGGCAAAAUUGCAUUUGUGCGACAGAUAGAACCUCAAGUCCAUGUGGACGUUGAUGCUGCGGUCGUUCGAGACUUGGAGAAACACGUGCCGCGUAUUGUGCACGUUUCGACUGCAUCCGAGGAGACAGUCGUGCCUUCGGUUCCGAAUGUGAUCCACGUCGGUGACAGCUUUGCAGAGUAUUUCUCGCUUAUUAGUUCACUCGAACGACAGAAAUAG